UGGAAAGCAGCAUUUAUGAAUUUGAAGAAACUUCAAACAUUUGUAAAUAACACAGCUUUUUCACCAAUAUCUGAUGCCUGCUAUAUAGAUUGAACUGUUACUAUGAAGCGAAAUUCAUGGGUCUCCUCUGCCUUUGAUGAUUUUGAUGACUUUGGAAAUGAUCACGUCAAGCCUACUAUAUCUUCCGUGAAGGCAUCAAGAAAAGGAUCAAGUAGUCAGUCUACAAAGGGAGUUCUAGCUGGAACCAAGGGGUCUCUUGGUGGUAAACGAUUGGCCAAGGCGCUCUCAGAUUCUAGUCUUUGGUCAGAGAAACAUUCUCCCAAGUUACAGACAGAGUUGGCAGUACACAAAAAGAAAAUCGAAGAAGUUGAGACUUGGCUGAAUCAUCACUUGGUUAGGAAGAAACACUCACAGAAGGCACCAUUGUUACUCUUAACUGGAGCCUCUGGGUCAGGAAAGACCGCCACUAUACGUGUCAUAUGUAAGCAACUCCACACUGAUAUACAGGAGUGGAACAACCCACUGCCAGGAGAGGCCCAAAGGGAUGAGGAAUGGACUUUUCAAAAUUAUGCAGAUAGGUUGCCCACGCAGUCCCAGAGUAAACAGUUUAGUGAUUUUCUAUUGCGGGCAAACAAAUACAACAAACUUCAGAUAUUUAACCAAGAGGCGUCACGUAACAAGAUCAUUCUCGUGGAGGAAUUUCCGAAUGCAUUCCUAAAAGAUGCCACUCUAUUCCAUAGCACUCUAAGGAGUUACCUGGCAACAGGACGAUGCCCUCUGGUGUUCAUCAUCAGUGACAGCUCAUCUGGUCAGUCAGCAGAGCGCCAUCUAUUCCCCAAAGACAUCCAACUUGAGCUAGGAGUACAUUCUAUCAGCUUUAACCCCAUAGCGCCAACUAGUCUCUCCAAGGUCCUCACAAAGAUUGCUACUGAGGAGCACCAAAAGAAUAGAUCUGGCAUCAGUGUACCUGCCAAAGCUACAAUAGAAUCCCUUGCAAUGGGAAGUGCAGGGGACAUCAGAGGAGCAAUUAAUUCACUACAGUUUGCCUGCCUUAAAGAUACAUCAGAUCUCUGUCGUAAGAAAGGAGUGAAAAGGACAAAUAAUGGAGCAAGUGUCAAGUUAAAGAAAUCUCAGAAAGCCACCAAGAAUGACACCAACUCUGAAGACAUGUCUAUUGGGGGAAAGGACGCAUCUUUGUUUAUGUUUAGAGCACUGGGGAAAAUACUGUACUGCAAGAGAUGUGAGAAAUCUGAAUUGUCUGAUGAUGUUGCAGUACCUGAUUUACCCAAACACUUAGUCCAUCAAUAUAGAGACCCCCUCACCAUUAAUCCAGAGUCAGUGGUAGAGAGAUGUUGUUUAUCGGGGGAUGUGUUUACUGCCUACCUUCACCAGAAUUACCCAGAGUUCUACACUAGUAUAGAUGACCUCGCUGCCUCCACUGAGUACAUAAGUAGCGCAGAUUACCUCACAAAUGAAUGGAGUAAUAGAGAGGCUCUGAGGGAAUAUGCUUCAUCAGUGGCAACUAGGGGCAUCAUACAUUCCAACUCAAGCAGAGCAACAACUAGCAGCAUUAGUAAUACAAACAUGGGCUGGAAACCUCACACUGAAAUAAUAGUUCUCUUUUUGCUCUUUCAGAAUAGAGAGGCUCUGAGGGAAUAUGCUUCAUCAGUGGCAACUAGGGGCAUCAUACAUUCCAACUCAAGCAGAGCAACGACUGGCAGCAUUAGUAAUACAAACAUGGGCUGGAAACCACUUCAUAAACCCCAGUACUACACUGUCAGGAAAAAGGCAUUGGAUAAUAGUACUGCAGCAAAGGGAAUUUUUAAAGAUCUGCACUACUCCAAGAGGGACUUGGAAACAGACAUACUGCCAUAUCUCGCCAUGACGAACUCAACUCUUAGAUAUCCUGGUCAGAUCACAUUCCUACAAGAACUAACAAGAUUUCCCAAGUUUUCUUCCACAAGGUCAGAGGUGCUUAGUGAGAAGGACAUAAUGGACUCAUUAGAGACAGACUCUAACUUAGAACCACCCUCCACUACCUCAUCAUUACCAAACGCAACAGAUCUCACGAACAGUCAACAAACAAUACAGCCUCCCAUAGAGGAGGAGGUUAUAAUAGAGGAUUACGAUGAUGAUGAUUGGUGAUGUAUCAUGGG